AUGGAUAAGUGGUUAAUAAAAAAAUCAGUUAAAGGAACAGAUCAAUCUAACGAGGCUUUUAACAGUUCAACUUCUGUCUUAAAAAUUGAUUCGAAUAAUGGAGAUUCUAAAAAACAAGUUGAACUUGGAAAAUCAAGGAAGUUUCAGGAAAAAUGGCUACAAUUAUAUCCGUGGUUGUUAUAUGACCCCGUGAAAGAAAAGGCGUUCUGUUCAAUCUGUAAAACUGCUGAUGAAAACAAAAUUAAUCUUCCAGUUUUUUUAAAUUAUAAUUUACUUCGCACGUUUCGUGAUGAGCUGACCAAGGAAAAAAAUGAAAUAGGCGCUAAGGCUAGUGGACUUUCGAAACUACUUUAUAAAUUUGAUUUUUAUUUUAUGUUGAAAAUUAUGAUAUUUAUUUUUGAGAGAAUAGAAGUUUUAAAUUCGGAACUGCAAAAAAAAUCUUUCAAGAUGCAAGAUUAA